AUGAAUGGCCAACAUAUUCUAGUAACUGGUGCAGUAGGUGGGAUUGGUUUUGCUAUUGCACGCUUAUUUCUUGCUCAAGGUGCCAACGUGUCUUUACAUUAUCAUCGUAAUGUAGAAAAUUUAGGUUCAUUGUUGAACGAAUAUUCUAAUCAAUGCCAUGCACUUUCAGUUAAUGCUACUGAUGAACAAGCUGUACAAAAAGGCGUCGAAGAAAGUUGUAAUCAUUUUGGACUUAUAAAUGUUUGUAUUAUUAAUCAUGCUGUAGUCACUGAAAAUGAUAUUCCGAUUUGGGAUAUGUCACUUGAUCAAUGGCAACAUACAAUGAAUGUCGAUUUGACAUCAUACUUUCUCUAUGCACGAGAAUGGUGUCGACAAUUAAAACAUCUCAAAUCAUGGCAUGAUACAAAUAUUAAUGCUUGUCUUUUAUUUAUUGGUUCAUCAGCAGGGAAAUUCGGCGAAGCCAAUCAUAUUGAUUAUGCAACAGCAAAAGGUGGUCUACACUCUGGUUUUAUAAAAUCAUUAAAAAAUGAAAUCAUUCAUAUUAUUCCACAAGCUCGAUGUAACAUCGUAGCACCAGGAUGGACACGAACACCAAUGGUUGAGAAGUCAUUCGAAGAAGGCAAACAUGUGCGAACGCUUCAAAUGACACCUUUGCGAAAAGUAGCUACAACUGAUGAUGUAGCAAAGGCAUGCCUAUUUUUGGCUUCACACAAAACAGCUGGACAUAUAUCAGGCGAAGUAUUGAUGGUUCAUGGCGGCAUGGAAGGGCGUGUUUUGUGGCAGUAG